AUGACUCUGCGAGAAUAUCUUCUUCUUUACAAACCUGACCCACUCGCUGGCGUUGUGCUUUACGGACAGCUGCUCGAGUCAUUGUUGUACCUCUCGAAGUGUCGCGUAGCACAUAGAGACCUGAAGUCCAACAACAUUCUGGUGAGUUUCGACAACGAGCAGGAACCUCCGCACCUCGUAUUGUGCGACUUUGGAAGUUGUUUGUCUGUCGGUUCGUUCACUGUACGUUGCACAAGCGAAAACGUCGAUCUUGGAGGCAAUGUUGCACUCAGGGCGCCUGAGAUUGCUUGUGCAAAGCUUGAUGGCAACUCGGUGUUGAAUUAUGAAAAGGCAGACCUGUGGGCAAGUGGCACCAUUGCUUAUGAAAUAUUUACCACAAUCAAUCCAUUUUACGCACUACCGCCUGUUGGGCUUUCCAGCGAGACGUACAGGGAAGAGGAACUUCCUGAACUUGGCACAGAGAUACCGUGGCACGUUCGAAUGUUAGUUCGCCGGGUGUUGGCAAGGGACCCCUGUGAGAGGCCGUCUGUGGCUUGCGUUGCUAAUUUGUUGGUGCUGACACUGUUUCGUGCCGAGUCGAUUUGGAACUGCCUGCAGAAGCUACAGCUUUUGCGUCAUGCUUCAUCAUUGCGAUUGAUGCUUAGCCAAGCGCAGUGCACAGUUGCGGACUUGGUCAACCUGUUUGCCGUCGAGACCAUCCUCAGCCGACACGUUAACCGACUGAAACUGAGUGGCGCAGAAUGCCAGCUUCGGCAGACUUUCUUCUCUCGCCUCGAAGUAUCGAGUCUUGUGGAGGAGGCUACGUUUCUCUUAAACCUGAUGCCAUUAAGGCAAUCAGUUGUAGUUGGUCAUUCGAUGACAUGA